GAGGAGGGCGAGAGCGGCCACCGCCGGGCAGAUGGCUCGCCAGGCGCAGCUCGACAGGGCGAAGCUCUUCGUGUUCCUCAUGCUGCUCGUCUCCCGCCUUUGCUCAGUGCAGAGGCUCCUUCAGCAGCUCCGCAGCCUACUCGCGGGGCAGCUUGGUGCUUUUAGAUCUUUGACGGUAUCCAUACAAGAUCCAAUUCGAUCAACUGUACAGACAGAGAUGCAGGGACGAGAAGCAGCCUCCCUUCCUAAUGGCAUUUCUGAACCUCCCAGGCACAUGCGACAAGGUUUUCCUGAAACUGGAGGCAACACUCGAGUCAAGCUGGGCUUUGUCGGUGUUGACAGACCAGAAGAUCCUCUUUACACUGGUUAUCCAGUACAAUGGAUGAAUAAAAAAGAUGCUAAGGUAGCGGUAUUUGAGAAUGAUAGGCAAAUCACGCAGGGCGACCUUUCUAAAUUGCAAAUUGAGAUUUUAGCAGUCCAUGCUGAAUUCUUUACCGAGCGAGGACAAGCAGACUUCACCAAAGAGGAAUUCAACAAGCAGAUAUGUAUACAUAAGGGGAAUGAGUCAGUCUUGACAACUGUUAAUCUAGUAAAUGGUGCAGCCUAUAUUGGUUCAGUCAUAUUUACAGAGAGCUCCCAGAGGAAAAGGUUAAGAUUGACAGCACGAGCGAAAGGACAGGAUCCCGCGGUCAGAGUUCAAGAAGCAAUCACUGAUCCUUUUGUUGUCAAAGUCGGCCGAAGUAAACAAAACAGAAAGAGUUAUCCUCCAUCUAAAGAAGAAGCGGUAUACCGUUUGGAGAAGAUUUCCCUAAAGGGGAAACAUUGUACCCUCCUUGCUGAAAAGAAUAUUACUACGGUGAAGCAAUUCAUGCGUCAUUAUUACAGAGAUGAAUCUUGUCUCCAAAAGCUUCUUGACAUGAAGGAGGAUUGGAGUACCUUGAUUAAACAUGCCACCACGUCUGAUCCUGGGGUUGAGAUCUAUUCUUUUAUUGUUGUGGAAGAAAAUACUGAACUCUUAUUCAAUGAUUUCUACAAUCUUGUUGGUAUAAUGAUCAGGGGACGCUAUUUUCAUGUCAAUGUCCUUGAUCAGUUUCAGCAGAUUAAAGUCAACAACUGGAAAAUGUCCGCGUAUAAGAAAUUUGACGAGCGGGAGAACUCAGGGGGUCUUAACCCUGAUUACUUCAUGACCGAUGGUGGCCCUGUCAGUGCAUUGCCUCUGAACAAUGAUGCAGGUCCUUCCGUACAAGCUGGAACGCUGUGGCAAUAUCAUAAUGGCAAGGCUGCACAACACGAAGUUGGAGAUCGACAUCCAUUGAAUGGGUUGUCACGGGCCGCAGUCCUAUCAAACAAUGACGUUGGCCCUUCAAGCCAAGAAACACUGCCGUUUCCACAGCACAUGUAUGAACAGACUGCGUAUCAGGGACCUGGUGAGCAUGAUCCUUCUGUGCCACAGAAUGGAGCUCCUUACUCUCUGCAUCAGGGAAAUAUCUUAAAUGAUCAGGGACCAUUAUCAGCACAGCCAACUAUUCCAUCCCACAAUUUUUCACCAGUUCGACAGGAUGACAUGAUCGCAGAUGCAAGUCAAAGUGGGUUUACUUCAUUUGAUUGUUUGUUCUUGCAGGUCGAGGAAUGGCUGAAUCUACCAAUAGAUGAGGCAGACCAUGGAAUUGUACCACCUAACAAUGGUAUGCAGUUUCGAAAUUUCAGUACCCAUGGGAACGACAACGAAAAGCCGAUAAUCAGAACUGCCGAAUUCCAACAUCCCAUUUGACGGUGAUGGACAUGAUGGUGGCAACCAGUGAUAGAUUAAACUUGAGAGACCACUGCAACAAGCUUAAUUUGCUCCACUAGACCCAUGAUGGAGGUAGUCGGUGAUUGAAGUAUUCGGUGUGAUUAAACAUUUCGCGUGUACAUAUUAUUCAGUGAUUGCUUAAUUUGCUAUUGGUUGUAGUAGACAUUUGGCUUGCAUUCUUAAAAGCAAUUCUUUGUGUAAUCCUGUUAAUCCAUCCUUUCCUAAGUUGAGCAAAUAUUCAUAUUGCACAGCUUGCUUGGUGUAAUAUUGUUAAUCCAUCUUCUUCUAA